UGGAAAGCAGAGAGAAGAGACCAAGGCGGUGGGAAAAGGCAGAGCCGGCACCAACUGACUCUUCCACGGUUCCAUCAGGAUGAGAGGGACGGGGCUCCUUGUGCUGUGGCUGCCAGCGCUCCUGGUGCAGGGACAGUACAGCAGGUUUGAGGGAAUCACCUAUCCCGAGCCAGUCCAGUAUUCCCAGUACGACCAGCAAUCAGAAAUUCAGGACUACUACGACUACCACGAUGUCACCCCGCGCGCCCCCGAGGAGCAGUUCCGGUACCAAUCCCAGCAGCAAUCCCAGCAGGAAACCGUGCCGGCCCCGACCCCAGCUGCUGCCCCCGAGACCGAGCCCACGGAGCCGGGACCCCUCGAUUGCCGGGAGGAGCAGUAUCCCUGCACGCGGCUCUACUCGGUGCACAAGCCCUGCAAGCAGUGCCUGAACGAGAUCUGCUUCUACAGCCUGCGCCGGGUUUACGUCAUCAACAAGGAGAUUUGUGUCCGCACCGUGUGCGCCCAUGAGGAGCUGCUGCGAGCCGACCUGUGCCGGGACAAGUUCUCCAAGUGCGGGGUUAUGGCCACGAGUGGGCUCUGCCAGACCGUGGGCGCGUCCUGCGCCCGCAGCUGCGGGGGCUGCUGAGCGGGGGGACCCCCUUC